AUGCGAUUGAAGGCGGUGUUAUCUCUGGCCGCCCUUCUGGGAGCUGUUAAUGGUCAAGUCCUGGAGGACCAGCCAAAAUGCAAAUGCAAGGUACCUGGAAAAUGCUGUUGGCCAGAUAAUUCAUCUUGGGAGGCUUUUGAUCGUAGCGUCGAUGGGAAUCUCAUCAAAACUGAGCCGGUCGCACAAUCCUGCUACGAUGGCCCAGAAAAGGACCUGGACGAAUGUGCGUACGUCUCCAAGAUGUGGUCGGAUCAAGAUUUCCAAACGUCAAACCCCAUCGGCCGACCAUAUCCCUACAACAUCACCUGUGCGCCCGUCGACUAUGCGACAGGUCAGGUCCCGACUAGCUGUUCACUUGGUCCUCUGCCGACGUAUGCAGUCAAUGCGACGACUCGUGAUCAUAUCCUCGCUACUCUUGCUUUUGCCCGCCAGCAUAACAUCCGCCUUGUCAUUGCCAGCACAGGUCACGACCUUCUUGGCCGCUCGGACGGCUAUGGCAGUCUUGAGAUUUGGCUGCGAUACUAUCGCAACAGCAUCGACUUUCAAGAUACAUAUGUCCCGGCAAACGCCUGCUCAAAGUCUGGCUGGGAUGGUAGCGCAAUCCGAAUUGACGGCGCAUAUCAAUGGCGGGACGUGUACAAGGUCGCGAAAGCAAACAAUGUCAUCGCUGUUGGCGGCGGCGCCGUGUCCCCUGGCGCUAUCGGAGGCUGGCCUUCUGGCGGCGGUCAUGGGCCUGCGACUCGUAACUACGGACUGGGGGCUGAUCAAAUUCUUGAAGCAGAGGUGAUGCUUGCUGACGGACGCGUUGUUGUCGCCAAUCACUGCGAGAACACGGAUCUCUUUCGAGCUCUCCGUGGCGGUGGACCUGGAUACGGCAUUGUGCUCAGUACCACCAUCAAGACACACCCCAACGUGGACAUCGUUACAGCGCACAAACUUGCUUUUGCUCCGCUGCAGCAGACUGCUAACAACUCUGACCUCCUCGAUGCCGUGUCCGUUAUGCUCCAGUCAUACCCGGACCUCAGCGACGCAGGUUUUGCAGGGUAUGCCUACUGGUUCCGCAACUUCCCGACCGUAUUCGUGGGCAACGCCACCUCUGGUUACUCCCACGGCUUCUGGACCAUUGGGAAAUCGAAAGAAGAGGCAGAUGCCGGGUUCGCAACUGUUCGUGAGGCUCUGUCCAAGUUCCAGGACCGGCUGUUCAUCUACGAGAGCUUUGCGACUUACAAUGACUAUUGGUCCUUCUACGAGACUGAGUCGGGGCUCUAUGAUCCCACCGGCGAUACGUCCAUCGUUACGUCUCGAAUGGUUGAUCGGUCAGCGUUGGCGGAGUUCGGCCACGUUCGUGAAGCCGUCGAGGUGCUCAGUGGCAAGCCAGAGGAAUUUGCAUCCAACGUGGUACUUCUCGUCUCCGGCGGACAGGUUUUUGAAGAUGCCAAGGACACGACCUCGGGACUGCACCCCGCCUGGCGGAAUUCUUCAUACGUCCUCAUUACCGGUCGCAGUAUCUCCAAGACGGCGAGCAAUGCCGAGCGUCAGGCGGUUCAGGACGACGUGACUUACGUCAAGGGCGCCGCUGGCAAAAGGCUAGCGCCCACAACUGGAGGGUACAUGAAUGAGGGCGACCGGCAUGAUCCCGACUACAUUGAGACAUUCUAUGGUUCCAACUACGAGAGUCAUCUUGCGGCGAAGAAGAAAUAUGAUCCGUUGCACCUGUUCUAUUGCCCUACUUGUGUGGGCUCUGAGGCCUUUGUUGAGCAGCCAGAUGGACCAUUGUGUAGAAUUUAG